ACACAUCUGAACGCACUGCCGGUGCGCUUGCCAUUACACCUGCAGCAAUCUGGAAAAAUGCAGGCUUGUUGUAGCUUGAUUUAGGUCUUCAAGCUGCACCCUAAGUACGAGCGACGAAAGACGCGUUCGUUUGGAGAUAGGGUGUGACGUCGAGCUGAGGGAGGUCCUCGUUUAGCGCGAGCAACAGCCGCCGCGCGUCUCCAGGCGGCCUCGGAGCUGCGAAACCCCUCCAGGAGGGCGCACGCGAAGCGUCGCGUCGACUAGGGGUGACGCGCGGCUCCGCGCCGACGACGAGCGCCAUGGCAGCGCCCGUGGAGCGCGUCCCGAGCGACGACUGGGGCUGGCACGCCUCACCCGAUGAAAGUGAUGACGAUUCACCACAAAUGAGCUCUUCUUCAUCCGACGACCAGGGCAACUCGAGCGACACGGCCGCGACGAGAGGCACGAGUACCUCAUCGAGUACAGCUGGUUUAGCAGAACUGAACUCCUGGCUUUAUGAUUCGUGCGAGAUGGGUGUCGCGGCCUGGAUGCGCGCGGGAGCUUCCGAGACGCAAGGCCGCCGAAGGUGCUAUUUUACGACUGGAGAUGACGUGCGCGUCGGGCCGCCGUCGUCGGAAAGGCAGCCGCGGCGCCAGGCGUCGCCCGCGCCCGCGCCGGCGCCGUCGUCGUCGUCUGAUGACGAGGGUGGUUAUCGGCCGCGGCCGGCGCGGACGCGAGAUGCGUCUCAUCGUCGAAGACGGCCCGGUCGCAGCCUGCCGCAGCAGCUCUGGUGCGUGACGCCCUUUGAGAAGCGGAAGGUGGAUGCCUGGACCUUUCUGGAAACUGCUUUGACGCCUCGGUUGUGCCCUCGAGUGUUUAGUAGAGAGUUCGUCGAUAGACGCACUAGAGUGAACGGCGUGAUAGUAGGAUGUUCGUUAGGCUCAAUAAGGGUCGUGCGCAACGCUUUGACAGGAUGGCGGCGAGCCGAAUACCUGCUCAUGGUGUCGGUCGGCGACAGAUGCAGGAGGUCGUGGCGAAGUCACAAUGACUUCGCGACGCACGCGCGAAGGUUUGCCAACAGAGGCUCCUUUGCCGCCCCCCAGACCAGAGCAGCGUGGACGGUCGCGGAGUGCGAACGGCGGUGGCUCCCUUGCGUGGAGGACUAUCCGUAUAUUGCCUCUCGACAUGCUGCUUAUGAAGCCGUUCUACGAGAAGUCUUAUUCCACGCGGAGGGUCCUGAUGAGCUACUCCAGUUAGCCGGGGCGUCGUCCGUCGAAUUGCCCGCUCGAGGUUCGCCGGAACAGUCGUCUGGUGAUGAAGAGGAGUUGCUCUUUGGCGUCGAGGUGUCCUCUUCUGAUUUAGAGUCGCAGAGCGAGGAACCGACGGUGGUCGAUCGGGUCAAGAACUUAUUUCUCGGUUCCUCAGGACCACCGGUUGCCGACGCUUUGCCUCGCCAGCGGUCGCGGACGCCGUUCCCGUCGAUGUCUUGUCUGACCGACGGGUGUGGUGUUUCGAUGGACCGGGGGCGCUCGACCGAAGGUUCUACCUCUCAGACGCCUCUCCAAGCCGCACUAGCUCGGAACCACCGGUCGAAGCACUUCUUAUCUGCGGUGGACGUGCAUACCACAGUCAUCAGCCCGCCGCGCGUCAAGACCGAGUCUUCGGUCACCUCUGCUCUGAGUGGCCACGGUUCGUCCCCGGGAAACAGGACCCGCGCGCCAUCCAUUGACGUGUAA